AUGGCGUAUACUUUAAGGACAGCUCUGAUUGCUGACAUGGUUACUCCUAGUUGGAAACUGACCAUGUGUUCUCCCAAACUCCCGAGCUGCUACAAAACGAAUAAAGCCCACCUACCCACCAUCGAACCCAACCGAUCCCCACGACCCACCCCAUCAUCUCCAUCACCGAUCUGGCGCCGCCCCCUCACCCCGGGCAGGAAGCUCCACCACCCCCAACCACCGCCGCUGCCGCCGCCCGAAACGCGCCUCCACACCCAAUCGGCGCCGCCACCAUCCCUCGUCGCGGAUUGCGCCGCCAGCACCGUCUCUUGCCCCGGAUCGGGCCGCCUCCAUCGCCCCUUGCCCCUCACUGCUGCCACCGUCGCUCGUCCCUCCCGGAUCGGGCCGCCUCCACCGUGCCUCGCUGCGGAUCGCGCCGCCAAGUCCGUCCCUUGCCCCAGAUCAGCCAGAUGCCGCUGGCGACAGGCCCCCACAACCUCCAACCCCUGCUACGGCCCACCCCCACCAUCCUCUGUGCUUCUUCCCCGACAUCGCAACCAGGGCACCAACCCACCGGUUCCUAUCAUGGCACUGGAGACUCUCAUCCGUGCUUCUUCCCCGCCGCUGCAUCCAAACAUGUCCAACCACCACCGCUGCCCGUGGAAGACGAGCAUCUACCGCCGCCGCAAGAUCGACUGGAGGUCAGAGAGAUCUGCCAGAGUGGUGGAGACAGGGGUGGAGCUCAGGACUAGGGAGGAGGUGCAUCACGGUGGCGCUGUAAGAAGGUUGUCGCCCAAGAACAGGGCCGGCACGGGGACCUUUUUUGUACUCAAAUGUGUCGAUGCAUUUCUGUGUCAAAAUGUCACAGUGAAAAGCUUUUUUGGUGUUGUGUGACGAAGAAGACAGAGCACAAAAACAUGAAACAUGGAUGAAGUUCAGAGAUAUAUAUGAUAGGGGUUCAAGGUGAUGUUGUAUGGCGCUAAUUAUCUUAUUCCCCCAACAAAAGGUUCUGAAAGUGUACAAGAAAGAAUGGAAAAAUGGGAACCAUGAAUCGAUUAUAUGUUCACGUGAGAAUGUAUUUUGUCUAUGAACUAAAAAUUAUGAGUUUGUUUUCA